AUGACCUUCCUAAGCACAACCCUCAACACUCUCGGCGCCCUCUUCCUCACACACGCCGUCUACUCAACCCACGAACACACCACCACAGCCGCCUCGGGCGCCCACGCCCCCCUCCCCCUCGACAUAACCCUCGAGCUCCUCCUCUCCCUCCUCCUCCUAACAUCCGGCAUCGUGCUGUCGUCCCCCGCGCUCAAGCCCAUCCACUGGGCGCGCUGGUCCGGCAAGAUCGCGCGCGAGGGAAGGAAGGGGGAGGGCGAGUGGACGCGCGAGGGCGAGGAGGUGCUGGCGGAGGGGGAUCCGUAUGAGUUUCUGGGAUUGGAGGGGGGGAUUGGCGGGAAGGGCGGGGAGGGGAGGAGGGGGUUCUGGGAUGUUGGGGGGAAGAGGGGGGAGUAUGAGGCGUGGGUUCGGGGACAGUCGUGA